UUUCACCCCCUGCCCAGAACAUCCACGUCAUCUGAAAACCGGUGCACUCCCUCUAUUUCUACCAGGACCUCUUUGGUGCGGUCACCCCUCCGCACCGCACCCGUUGGACGCCGCGUGGGUUUCGGCUCAAGACACGGUCUUCGCGCGGAGUCCCGGUCGGGACAUCAACGUGUGAUGGACGGAAUGCCAGGACAGGUGACGUUCGAGGAAGAGAACGAGCUCGAAAAGCAACCUGAGGUUGAGGCAGACGCUGCUGCGGAACGCACCGGCAGCCCAAAGGAGAAGCCCAAGUUGAAGGUCCAGGCUACCUUGAAGCAUAGUGAUCCCUUCGCAGGGAUUGAGGAUCGCUUGGACAAAAUCAGUGCCAAGUUAGAUGAAGCUUUGAGCACGAGAUUCACGCCUUUGAGACCCAAGGAUGAAUCUCCACCAGCUCCUCCCAUCAUUUGUCCCAAGCCCUUUGCCUCCGAGCCGGUCAUGAACGCGCGCACCACGCGGAUGACGAAGGUCGUCUUUGACCCCUUGCCCAAGAAGUCCAAGUUCAACGUCAAGUUCCGUGGGAAGAACGUCUCGGCCAUGGACGCCUCACUGUCGGAAGAGGACAACGACGGGGACGACACCAACUUCUCCGACGCGGGCUCCACGAGCUCGCGUGAGAGGCGCCUGGCACACCGUGUGCGUGCGGUGGACUUGAAGUUGGCAUGGCAGAUCCAUGCCAAAGAAUGUCAGCAGGAGAUCCACGACUCGGAGGACGCCACACGUCCGGUCCUGCGCCUGCUGUACCGCAGCCGAAGAGACCAGAUCUGGGAACUCUUGGAUGACCAAAACUCCAGCACAGCUGCUUGGUGCAUCUCGCAGUUUCUCAAGACGCUGGUGAUCGUGAACUUUGUCGUGACCAACCUGCAAACCACGGAGGAGCAGACGAUCGAUCCAUUGACAGCCGCAGUCAUGGAGACGAUCUUCGAUAGCAUUUUCCUCUGCGAGUUCUGCAUUCGCUUGUUUUCAGCACCAUCGAAACGACGAUACAUGGAAGACUCGUUGAAUUGGGCCGACGUGCUUUCCGCCUGUGGCUUACCCGUUCGCCUUGCGACCUGGGCCACCUUCGGCGUGCAGCAGGCCUUUGUCAGCUCGGACUGGAACUGGGGCCGGCCGAUGAAGACGCGGGACGCGCGGGGACGUCAAAUUAUCCUCCUGUUCUUUCUACCUUUGGUCCGCUUGCUGAAGCUUUUGAGAUAUUUUGAUUCUUUCCGCCUUCUGAUCGACGCAUGCAAGAACUCCUUUGAGGCGUUGCCGGUGCUCACCUAUGUCAUGGCGUUGAUCACCACCAUCUCUGCCACCGGGAUCUAUUUGGUGGAAUCCCGAAGCAAUAUACCUAGCUUGCAGCAUUCGAUUUGGCUUUCGCUCGUCACCAUGACGACGGUUGGGUAUGGCGACUACUAUCCCAAGUCCUUGGCGGGCUUCCUCAUCGUCUCUAUCCUGACGAUUGCCAGUGUUCUAUUCCUAGCCUUGCCCGUGGGCAUUAUUGGCAAUGAGUUUACUGCAUGCUGGUCACAACGCACACGAGUCCUGCUGCUCACUCGCGCGCAGAAGUGUUUGGCCAAAUGGGGCUACAGCGCGAAUGAUGUCAAGGUCUUAUUCGAGUUUGUAGACACAGAUGGCAAUGGGAAUCUGAACCUCAACGAGUUCGUGGAGCUUUUUCAUCAGAUGAGGAUUGGCAUCACCAUGGACAGUGCAGUGGAUCUCUUCCAGUUGUUUGACGAUGAUCAGAGUGGCACCAUUGAGUAUGACGAGUUCUUACGCCACAUUUUCCCAGAAGAAUAUGUGAAGGGUGCGCACAAAAACAAGUCCAUCCAAGUGAGCCGGACACGUGUCAGUGAAGCCUUACACCACUUGGAUCACUUGCGGGAAUCCCUCGCAUGAGGCCGCCAGCGACGCCAACGCUAUCUUCAGCGCAAGCGCGAGAGCUGACGCUCAGCUAUUGGGACCUGAAGAAGCUGCAACUCCUGAGUUCACCAAGAUGACAAU